AUGGACGGCAAACAGCAGACACCGCAGCCUCAGAUCCAGCCUUGUAGAUACAAGGUCGGAAAGACGCUGGGAGCUGGCUCCUACUCUGUGGUGAAGGAAUGUGUUCAUAUUGAUACCGGUCGAUACUAUGCCGCCAAAGUUAUCAACAAGCGGCUUAUGGCAGGCCGUGAGCACAUGGUCCGCAAUGAAAUUGCCGUCCUCAAGAAGGUGUCCAUGGGCCACCAAAACAUACUGACGCUUGUCGACUACUUUGAGACGAUGAAUAACCUCUACCUUGUCACCGACCUGGCUCUCGGCGGUGAACUCUUUGACCGAAUCUGUCGCAAGGGAUCAUACUACGAAUCCGACGCCGCCGACCUUAUCCGCGCAACGCUAUCUGCUGUAGCUUACUUGCACGACCACGGUAUAGUACACCGCGACCUCAAGCCCGAGAAUCUUCUGUUCCGAACGCCAGAGGACAACGCGGACCUGCUUAUUGCGGAUUUUGGCCUCUCACGUAUCAUGGACGAAGAACAGUUUCACGUUCUCACAACCACCUGCGGCACGCCAGGGUACAUGGCUCCGGAAAUCUUCAAAAAAACGGGCCAUGGCAAGCCUGUUGACCUUUGGGCCUUGGGAGUCAUCACCUACUUCCUCCUCUGUGGCUACACCCCAUUCGACCGGGACUCCGACUUUGAAGAAAUGCAGGCCAUUCUAAACGCAGACUACAGCUUCACGCCUGUAGAAUACUGGCGCGGCGUCUCCAGCAAUGCCAAGGACUUUAUCCGUCGAUGCCUGACCAUCGAUCACACCAAACGCAUCACCGCGCACGAGGCCCUUCAGCAUGCCUUCGUUGCCGCCGAAGAGCCCACCGACGGAGCAGGCGAGAACCUCCUCCCCACCAUCAAGAAGAACUUCAACGCCCGCCGCACCCUCCACGCAGCCAUCGACACUGUCCGCGCCAUUAACAAGCUCCGCGAGGCCUCACACCUCAUGGACGGCGCUCGCUCAAAAGAACCCGGCCGCGGCGCAGCCCCGCGCAGCGACGGCAACGGAACCCGCAAGGACGACAGCGGCAUCUCGCUCGGCAAAGAGGACUCGGGCUACGGCACACAGCACGACGCAGACGUCGUUAUGGGCAAUACCACUGCCGCACCAGCCCUCAGCAGUGUCCCCGCCUCCCUACAACCGGGUAACCAAGCGAACAAGGUCAUACAAACAAGUAAAGGUCUCUGGAGCGCCCCUACGUCAAACAGGUAA